AUGGUCCAUGGGAAUUACUCAGAGCCCCCUCCUGCUGGAGGCGGCAUCUCCCGGGGAGAAACAGCGCCACCCAGCUGUCCAGCUCCGCGCGGCUUGCCAGGGCUUCUCUUUGUCCUACCGUUUCCAGCCGGCGCUGCCCUUUCUGUGCUCCCGGCUACCGCCGCUGGAUCACACAGUCUUCAUUACAACCUCACGGCGCUGUCCCGGGAUGGAUCUGUGCAGUCCAGCUUUUUCGCUGGGGGACACUUGGAUGGCCAGGCCUUCCUGCACUAUGACCGUGAGACAGGCGUAGAACCCCGGGGGCUGUGGGCAGAAGAGCUGGGAGCUGAGACGUGGGACACAGAGUCCAAGGACUUGACAGAGACGUGGAAGGACCUCAGAGAGCUUCUAGCAGAAAUCCUGGCCCUGCAGGAGGAGAAAGGAGGUGUGAAUUCCCUCCAGGAGAUGGGCUGUGAAAUCCGAGAAGACAACCACGCCUGGGGCUUCAGGUUUCGCUACUAUGAUGGAGAGCUCCUCCUCUCCUGUCACCCAGAGACCCACGGAUGUACAGCGCCCCAGUCCUUGGCUCGGAACUUGGCCAUGGAAAUGGAGAAGUCCUGGGACACAGAUGGCUUUCAAAGCAAGUAUUACCAGGCCCCCGUGCAGGGAGAGCUUUGUGGAAGACUGCAGGGCUAUCUGGAAUCCUGGACAGGCUUCAGGGAGAGAACAGGGCCCCCAGCCGUGAACAUGACCCACAGCCAGGACUCAGAGGGCACAGUCAACCUCACAUGCUGGGCUUUUGGCUUCUUUCCCCAAAAUAUCUCUGUGGCCUGGUUUCCAGAUGAGGAACCCAUGAGCCAGGAGGCCCAGCGGUCUGGGGGUGCCCUGCCUGAUGGGAACGGGGCCUACCGGACCUGGGUGACCAAAAGUGUUUCCCAAGGAGAGGAGCAGCGGGUCCAGUGCCUGGAACACAGCGGGAAUCACAGUGCACACACUGUGCCCUCUGCUGAGCCUGGGGUGAUCCUGGAGGGGCUUGUGACCCUGGGUCAGAGGCCAGGGUCAGGGAGAGGAGAGCAGGCCUGUGGCUCUGGGGUGCCUGGGUUAUAUAUAAUAAGUCCCUCUCUCAGGAGAGACCCUGUUGCGUCAGAGUCAACGGUGGACCAUCCUGGGUGUGGCUGCCUUUGCUCUUGUUUUUAUCAUCGGGCUUUGUGUCCUUUGCUACUCGAAGAAGAAGAAGAAGACAGCAUUAGCUGUGGGGAGUCCAGAGCCGUUAGCCUACAAGACCUGGAUCAAUGCCAGAUGCAGCCAAGUGACCAUAAUGGCCUCACACAACUGGGAUUUCAGUCCUCGUUGUCAGACCCUGCGUCCAUCAGUUUGACGGGAGGAGCUUAGAAUCUGCCGCCAGAGCCCUGAAUUCAGCUCCCUCUUCUGGUCUUACUAGCACUUUCCCUUUUGUGUGUGUUCUGUUAUUUAUUUUAUUAUUUUUAUGUUUUAUUUGUUAUUUUUUUAAGGUGUAGUUGAUUUACAAUAUAGCACUUCCCCUCUUUUUUAAUUUUUUAUUGAAGUAUAGUUGAAUUAUUGAACACAAUGCUGUGCUAAUUACUGCUGUACAGCAGAGUAACUCAGUUAUACAUAUAUAUACAUUCUUUUUCAUAUUCUUUUCCAUUAUGAUUUAUCACAGGUUAUUGAAUAUAGUUCCCUGUGCUAUACAGUGGGACCUUGUUGUUUAUCCAUCCUAUAUAUGCCAGUUUGCAUCUGUUAAUCCCAAACUCCCACUCCAUCCCUCUCCCACCCCCCUCCCCCUUGGCAACCACUAGACUGUUCUCUAUGUCCCUGAGCACUUUCCCUCUUGAAGCCUCAGUUUCUUCAUCUAUGAAAUGAGAAAACUAGUGUUUAUUUCCCGUUGUGGUGGGGACGAUUAAAACCGUUCCUAUAUAUGAGGUGGCUGCAGCUGCACUACACUAGUCACUAACUAUUUUUGUUUUUUUAUGUUAUAAUAGAAUACAUGGAUAAUAAUUCAGUUAUUACAAAUAAGCUUUAUCAGGAAGUUUCCUCACUGUGGCUUCUCCCAAAAUGACUAAUAGCAGAUUUCUGGAAACUUGAGGCUCCCUUCACACCCUGUCACACGUGUACAUGCAUUACUUCAUGUCUGCAAUAUCUGUAUAAUUUCACAUCAGGAGUUUUAAUUGCUCUUUAAAUGUGCAUGUCUGGUCUGUGCUUUAUUUCACGUGUCUGGGAAGGGACAGCGAGUAAGAUUCUGGGGAGAAGAAGAGGUCUAUCUCUCUGCCUUGACGCGGCACUAAAAAUUCUCCACCUCUCUCUCCCCUCCAGCUCCCAGUGACUGACAGAUUCACAGCAAAGCACAAAGGGCUGGGAGAAAAUGCACCUGGGACCAGUGUUCAGGGGCUGGCCCUGGGUGGGGGAAUCUCCCCUGAACAGUUGUAACCUUUAUGUGAUGGAGCAGAGCAGAGCUGAAGGGUGAUAUCACGGGAGGGGGACAGGGACAGGGCUUUGGGGUCUCCUGAUUAUGAGGAAUAGGGAUCGGUCUGCUUCUAGGGUGAUGAGACUGCUGGGGACCCUUGGGUGGAGGUGAGAGAGAAAAGGAACCCAGAAGGUGGAGGAAUCAAUCAAGCAUCAGCAUCUCCACCAGUUCAGACUGAUUUCUGCAGGGCAGAUGGGGAGGUGAGAUUUCUCCAUCUGAUCCUCAGUCCUUCCUGACUUCUGGUCUUGGGGCACACAGGUGAGUGGUGCUCUUCUUCUUCAGGACAACCUUAGCCCCGCCCGGGUAAAGCACUGCUGGCCGAGUGUACUAGGGGGCGCCUCCCACAGACUCGAGGCAGCUGACAGGAGCGCUUUCUGCAGCAGGACCUGCCUGGAAGCAAGAGGAUAAUGAGGGGCUCUAGUCAGGUACUGUUCCCUCCGUGCCUGGUCCACAGGGUGCCCAGUAAGGUAACAGGGAAAGAGAAUUCAUUCAUGCAUCUAUUUAUCCAGAUAGGUGUAUACUGACGUAUUCUUUCAUGUUUUUAUUCAGGGUUGAUGUCGUUCACACACUUGUGGCUGCAUGUUUCCAUUCGAGUAUUCUUGCAUUUUAGUCAGCUCUCAAGUGUCAUUUGUUGUACUCAGUUGUCACUAAGCAUAAACUUUCAUACUCGUUCAUUUUUGUGGUUUGUUUGUUUGCCGUGCCACACAGCUUGCGGGCUCUUAGUUCCCCGACCAGGGAUUGAACCCGGGCCCACAGCACUGAAAGUGCUGAGUCCUAACUGCUGGACUGCCAGGGAAUUCCCAGUGUGGUUAAUUUAAUCUGUAAAUUAAGAGGUCAAAUAUCUGUGCUAGUUUUCUCAUAAAAUAGACUAUUAUUGUAUUCCUCUCUGAUUCUCCUCAAUUUCUACUUCCCAGAGGUGACCACUUUCCAUAUUUUUUAGCUGAUUCUUUUGGCUUUUACUUCCAAGUCUCUAAACAAAAUGCCUUGUUAGAACUGAUGCUUGAUUUUUCUGCCGCAGACACUGUCGCAUCACAUAGUGGCUGAUGCAAUAGUUAAUAGUCAUUGCUUUCUUUCACGCUUCCCAUUCCUUCACUUUCCCAGUUUAUUUAUAUAGUGAUCGUGUUUAGUUCAUUCAGCUUUUUCUUUUGCAUGACUAAUACACUCGUGUAAACUCUACUACUUCUCACUUUCUGCACAACCUCUUGUUCUCCCUGAGUUAAUAAUUGCCUUUGUUUUUGUCUGAUUCUUUACUAUGUAGCUCUCACUAAUUGAACUUUGAUGUUUCUCAUAUUUAUAUGAUUCUUUCAAGAAGUGAGGAUACUUUGGGCAUUCUAUCAAUUUUUCCUUUUUGGAGAUAACCUCCUGGGCCCUUCUGAUGUGCUCCCACCUGGACUGGAAUCUUCUACAUCUGGAGCAGAGCCACCCUCCCAGGAUGUCCCUCCACCACCAUCUGGGCAGUGCUUUAAAGUGCUGUGGAUACUGUACAGCACAGGGAACUCUGCUCAAUACUCUGUAAUGGCCUAUAUGGGAAAAGAACCUAAAAAAGAAAAAAAGAGUGGAUAUACGUAUAUGUAUAAAUGAAUCCCAUUGCUGUACUCCUGAAACGAACACAACAUUUUAAAUCAACUAUACUCUAAUAAACAUUUUUUUAAAUAAGUAAAGUGCUGUGGAGCCACCUGAGCAUCCUGCUAAAAUGCAGACUGUGUAAGGAUGUCAAGGAUGGGACCUGUGAGCUUGGUUUUCUAUCCAGUAAGUAUGAUGCUGAUUCUGCCGGUUCAUGGAUGAUAGAUGAGGCAGAAAGGAUCUCUUUGUCUUUCUCCCGUGCUGUAUGUCCAGUUUUCUGUAGCCUACACCUUUCUCUCUUUUUUUAAUAUAGGCCUUACUAAUACAUUUUAAUUAAGGAAGUAAUGUGUUUUGUUUCUCAAUGAGUUAGGCUUAAUUAAUUUUAUUGUAGUAAAAAAACGUAUAACAGAAAAUUUACCAGCUUCACCAUUUUCUAAUGUCCAGUACAGUGGUGUUAAAUAUAUGCACAUUGUUGUGCAAUAGAGCAUUAGAACUUCUUCAUCUUGCAAAACUGAAACUUUAUACCCACUGAACAAAAACGACAAUUCUCUCUCCCCGCUGGCCCUGGCAGCCACCGUUCUCUUUUGUGUCUCUAAGAGUUUGACUGCUUUUGACCCUUCAUGUAAGUAGAAUCAUGCAGUAUGUGUCUUUUUGUGACUGGCUUAUUUCACUCAGCAUAAGGUCUUCAGCGUUCAUCCAUGCUGUAGCAAAUGACAAGAUUUCCUUCCUUUUUAAAGCUGAAAAAUGUUCAGUUAUAUGUAUGUAUCACAUAAUCUUUACCCAUAUAUCUGUCAGUGCACAGUUUGCUUCUGCCUCUUGGCUUUUGUGAAUAAUGCUGCAGUGAACAUGGAUGUGCACACUUUCUCUGUUUUAUACCCUCUCUCCUUUUGGUGGAAUUAAUAUUUUAGUAGUUUCUUAUCAGCAAAUGUUUGAAGUACAUGUUACAUGUUUCAAAGUGUAUUAUUCUUCGGCUUGAUGAAUAGUUUGGCUGAAAUUUGGAGGCACUGCUCCAUGUUUUUCUUUCUUCUUUUGAAGAAAUAGAGAGAGACAGAGGGAGAGAGAGAAGACAGCAGGGCAGCAGCUGCUCAUGAGGUCUCUGAAUUUCACACAUUAAUUACCAGCCUCUCUGCCCUGCCUUCCGUCUAGCACUGUCACCAGAGCACUUCUUAACUCACUAUAUUACAGUAAAGCCAAAUUUGUCAUUAGUAUGAUGGGUCAAUGUUGUAAUAUGAGUAAAUUCUUGUUGAUAUUUUAUCCCUUUGAGUGCCCAAACUCUGGUAGGGUCCUGGAAGGAAACAGUUGGCCGAAUCAAAGAGAUAAGUGGAGAGAGUGUAAUGACCAUGCUAUUUACAGAGCUGUAGGCAGCUAAUAGCAAUAGAAGGCAGAGGUCCCGGAACCAGAAAAAGCCGGAAGCUGUUACCACCUCUAGACUGAAGGGACAGCAGAAGGAAUUUGUUUCUAGAACCCAGCAGAGCUGUAGCCUCUGAGAGGGGUCACCGAACAAGUGAUAGGGAGAGGAGUGAAGGGAGAGGAAUGCAGGCAUUACUGUAGCGCAGCCCUGGAGGAGAGAGUGGCCAUCAAUGCCUUGGAUUCUCUCCUCCCACACAGUGGUCCCUGCAGUGCCUGCUAAUGGCAAACCCAACCAGAAGCCAGAGAGCAAAGCCCCCAGGUGACGUGUUCUAUGAGAAUAACAGGAAAUAUAAGUGAUGCUCCACAAGCGGUUCAGAACCUAGAGAGUAGACAAAGAACAGUUAGGAUGUCGAGAUUAUGCAGGUUCUGUGAAAUUAAAGACAAGAUGUGUGUCUUCAAUGAUAAGAAUAAAUGUUGGAAAAAUGACAGACAUUAGGCUUAUUCUAUAUGGCCCCAUGGGUUAUGUCUAAGUGAAAGGGAGAGGAAAUAGCUACAGAUAUUCAUGAAGAAGAACUAUCUCCAAAGCCAGAAGGUGAUGAGGUCUCCAUUAAUCAGGAUGGACAAACACAGGCUGGACAACCACUUAAAAGGGACCUAUGUUCAUUUCGUGGGAUGUGUAUCAGAGCGUAAGCCUAGAGACCAAGGUCAUGGUGGUAAAUGAGAGUGGGUCCCUCAGAUUCUACUAGCACAUGAGAGCUCAUGGCCUGUAGGUAUUAACCUGCUGGAAAAAGGGACUGUUAACUCCCCUUGAGUUCUUCCCCCUAAAAAGUCGUGGCCCUGAGCUAACCUGCUUGUCCCAUUGAAUACUUAUUUAACAUGUGUUUUAUGUUCCUGACGAAUCUUGUGUUUGCCUUCACUUAUAUGCUUUCAAUUCUACAAGGAUCACGUAUACUCAUCUGUUAGAUUUUCAUUUGGAAAACCUCUUCACAACCCUACAAGUUCCA